CGAUGACAGCUUACGGAGCUUAAUUAUAGGUCUUUCCUCCAGCUAGCCUGAGACCUAAUGCUUCCAUCAUCACCGAACCUUCUAAUCUCGGCAUGAUGGAUAUCCUUCAGCGCCUUGCUCGGUUCUUAGACCGACCCCUCUUCCCGUGGAAGAAGCUCAUCAUCGGGUUUUCUGUCGCCCAGUAUCUCUUCGAAGAAUUCUUAUCACUACGCCAGUACGGAGUCUUAAAGAAGACGAAGCCCCCCAAGGUUCUUGAGAAAGAAGUUACCCAGGAUGUUUACGAUAAAAGUCAGGAAUAUGGUCGCGCUAAAGCAAAGUUUGGAUUUGUAAAAGGUCUCUGGGGUCAAAUACAGAAUAUUGCAUUCAUUCACUUCGAUGUUCUCCCAAAACUGUGGACAUGGACUGGUGGCCUCCUUCGCUUCGCUCCCGCUCGGUUUAGCGGCGAGAUAUCGCACUCAAUUGUCUUCGUCCUCACCUUCAUCCUGAUCCAGCAAGUCUUGUCACUCCCUGCCAACAUCUACCAUACGUUUGUCUUGGAAGAAAAGUUCGGUUUCAACAAGCAGACGCCUAAACUGUUCAUCACGGAUAUGAUCAAGUCAAACUUGCUCGCUUUCGUCAUUGCGCCUCCUGUUCUUGCCGGAUUCCUCGCCAUCGUGAAGAAGACGGGUACUCAGUUUGUCACUUAUCUCUGGCUCUUCACUGCUGUUCUUCAGGUUUUCAUGAUCACGGUCUACCCAAUCUUCAUCCUACCCCUGUUCAACAAAUUGUCCCCUCUAGAGGAAGGCAAAUUGAAGACUGAGACCGAGGCGCUGGCUAAGAAAUUAAAUUUCCCUCUCCAUGAACUGUUCGUCAUCGAUGGUAGCAAGCGCAGCGCGCAUAGCAAUGCUUAUUUUUUCGGACUUCCGUGGAAAAAGCACAUCGUCAUCUACGACACAUUGAUCGAGAAGAGCAGCCCAGAGGAGGUCGUUGCCGUUCUGGCCCACGAGCUCGGCCACUGGAGUCUUGGUCACACUACUAGGCUUUUUGGCAUCUCUCAGAUCAACGUGUUCUACAUCUUCAGCUUGUUCUCGGUCUUCAUCAACAACAACUCUUUGUAUGCCGACUUCGGUUUCAUCAAUGAGCACCCUAUUAUCAUCGGAUUCAUUCUAUUCUCGGACGCAUUGGCACCAAUGGACCUUGUGAUUAAGCUACUGAUGAACAUCAUGAGCCGACGAUUUGAAUUCCAGGCCGAUGCCUUCGCUCGCAACCUGGGUUACCAGGCUGAGCUAGCUUCGUCUCUCAUCAAGCUGCAGAUCCAGAAUCUUAGUACGAUGGAUGCAGACUCGCUGUAUGCGAGCUACCAUUUCUCUCACCCUAUCCUUUCGGAGAGACUAAAGGCGCUGGAGUGGACCCCUACCGGAAAGGUGGUCGAAGAGAAAAAGGAAGACGAGGAUGUUGUUGAGAAGGCCAGUGGACGGGAGCUAUAGAUCUCACCAGCUUAGAUCUUCAUACCGUGAAAAGUAUAUACUAAGGGCCAAUCAUAUAGACAGUCAUACUUGGCUUAAUGUGAAAUACUGUCUUGCCUUACCCUUACGUAUCUGAACUAUACGGAUUCUGCUAUUUGGUCAAAAGUGUUGCUCUUCACAAGUUCCAUAUAUUACGUAGGAAAGAGAGAAUAUGUCGUGCUAUAUGCCCUUCACACUGCCUAAUAUCAUAACUAUUUGAAUAGUGGCUAUAUACCAGCAAUAUAGUAAAUAAUAAACAAACAUUCUAUGCCA